AUGAUGUUCUUUAAUGGCCCUAAUAACGAACCUGUUCUUUGCAGAGCUUUCCCUAAUUACCUCGACGGUGCUGCCCUACUUUGGUUUUCAAAAUUACCUGCAGGAUCAAUCUCCUCUUUUGAGGAACUGGCAAAAUCUUUCAUAGAUUACUUCGCUGCAGCACGGAUAUAUGUACACGGAUCGGACUACCUCGGCACCAUUCGCCAAGGUCCUCAUGAAAGCUUGAAAGACUAUCUGACCAGAUUCGCAGAAGCAACCAUGGAGAUACCCGAUCUAGAUCCCGCCGUCCACUUGCAUGCCCUAAAGGCCGGACUCCGACCCGGAAAAUUCAGGGAAACAAUCGCGGUAACCAAGCCGAAGACACUGGAAGAAUUCCGAGAAAGGGCGGCAGGACAAAUGGAGAUUGAAGAACUCCGCGAAGCCAAAAAAACAGAGAAAAAACAACCAAAGAAAGAGGAUGACAGAACCACAAGGUCGGCAAAUGUCAAAGACCCCAGAAAGCCCUUCAGACUGACCCCAAAAUUUGACAACUACACUAAAUUCAACACAAGAAGGGAAAAGAUAAUUAAAGAAAUCCUCAACGCCAAGAUCAUAAAACCACCAGCAAGGGCAGGAAGCUACCAAGAUCAGCGCUUCGUCGACAAAAGUAAACACUGCGCUUUCCAUCAAAAGUAUGGGCACACAACCGACGAGUGCGUGAUAGCCAAAGAUCUAUUAGAAAGAUUGGCUCGGCAAGGCCUCCUAGAUAAGUACAUCGAAGGAAGGAAGCAUAAAGAAAACGAUAGGGACAAGGAAGAACGUCAACAAACCUCGGGAAACAAGGAAGCCAACAAAUGGUCAAACAACAUCCCACCUAAAGGGAUUAUAAACUGCAUAUCCGGAGGAUUCGCCGGCGGAGGAGAAACAACAUCGGCAAGGAAACGUAGCUACCGUACAAUGCUGGCAAUAAAAGGAACAACACUAUACAGCAACAACAAUGUACCCGACCUAGAAAUCACUUUCAACAAGGAGGACAUGUGCUCAGCCGCACCACACUCAGACGACCCAGUGGUAAUCUCCAUCCAAACAGGCGAGCUGUUGGUAAGAAAAGUCCUUCUGGACCCAGGUAGUAGUGUCGAUGUUCUUUUUUAUACUACUUUCUUAAAAAUAAAAAUAUCUGAAAAAAUCAUACAACCCUCAUCCGAAGAAUUAGUCGGAUUCUCUGGAGAAAGAGUGCCAAUUAAGGGUUACAUAUGGCUAAAAACGAUGAUGGGAAAUCACCCAUUAUCACAGAUCAUUGAUAUACAAUACCUCAUAGUUGAUUGCCCUAGUCCCUACAAUAUUAUCCUCGGAAGACCUGCCCUGAACAUGUUCAGGGCAGUAGUUUCAACUUUCCAUCUAUGUGUCAAAUUUUAG